GGACCCUAGCGCUCAUGCAUUGGGCAAGAAAGAAGAGGAAGCAGUUCACAUAUGAAGCAGAUGAUGAACCUAUUUAUGAUCCGAAAGAAAAAUUCAAAGUGAACUUUUACUUUGCAGUCAUUGACACAGCAAUACAUUCGGUUGAAGAAAGAUUCACAUUGAUGCAGGAAAUUAGUUCAGUAUUUGGCUUCAUAUAUGAUGUUUACAGUUUGCAAAAUAAAACACCAAAGCAAAUUAUGGAACAUUGCUUGAAUCUGGAGAAAGCUUUGCAACAUGGUGAAUCCAAAGAUAUUGAUGCCUUUGACUUGUGCAGUGAAUUGCAAGCUAUUGCAAGACGAGUCCAAAGGAGUUCAUCACCGCAAGAUGUAUUGAACUUCAUAUGGGAAAAUAAGCUGACAGAUAGUGUCCCUAAUACAGUUAUUGCUCUUCGCAUCCUCUUGACUCUCCCAGUUUCUGUGGCCAGUGGUGAGCAAAGCUUCUCGAAGCUCAAGUUGUUAAAAACAUAUAUGCGAACAUCAAUGUUGCAACAAAGACUUGUUGGGCUAUCUACCUUGUCAAUAGAACAUGACAUUGCUCACAGCAUUGACUUGGAGGAACUUGUUUCUAAAUUUGCUAAACUUAAAGCGCGGAAACAUAAAUUCUAAAUUAUAACAUGUUACUCUGUGACCGUGUAUUGUGUAUAAUGUAUGUGA